CAUCAUAAUCUCGACAAAGAGACCCAUCUUCCAGUAUCUUUUUCUGAAUUUAUUGGUUCACUGAUUGGUACUUGAUCGUCAAUAACAUGGCUACGGUGGAAACGUUGCAAAAGAGGAUCAAGGAGCUGGAGCAGCAGCUCGAGGAGGCCAAAGCCGGAGAGGCUGGGGCACAAGGACGCGCGAGGAUCCAACAGAUGUCCAGCGAGGUCGUGGACACAAAUCCUUACAGUCGACUCCUAGCCCUCCAGCGAAUGGGAAUAGUAAAAAACUAUGAAAAGAUUCGUUACAUGACUGUGGCCGUUGUUGGAGUUGGAGGAGUAGGAAGUGUCACUGCUGAAAUGUUAACUAGAUGUGGCAUUGGAAAGUUGGUGCUAUUUGAUUACGAUAAAGUCGAAUUGGCCAAUAUGAACAGGCUGUUCUUCCAGCCCCACCAAGUAGGACAGACUAAGGUCGAAGCUGCGGCUAGAACGCUGAGAUUUAUUAACCCAGAUGUCGAAAUAGAGACGCACAACUACAAUAUUACGACGGUUGAUCACUUUGAUGAGUUCAUAAAUACAAUUAAAACUUCGAGUAUUAACGAGGGACCAGUUGAUUUAGUGUUGAGUUGUGUCGACAACUUUGAAGCUAGAAUGGCAAUAAACACAGCUUGCAAUGAAUUAAAUCAGAAGUGGUUUGAGAGUGGAGUAUCGGAAAAUGCGGUUUCCGGACACAUUCAGUUCAUUGUUCCUGGAGAAACCGCAUGCUUCGCAUGUGCGCCUCCUCUAGUGGUUGCAUCAAACAUUGAUGAAAAAACUUUGAAACGUGACGGCGUCUGCGCAGCGUCUUUACCUACGACAAUGGGCAUCGUUGCUGGAUUUUUAGUGCAAAAUACUUUAAAGUAUUUACUAGAGUUUGGUACUGUUACUCAUUACUUGGGCUACAAUGCUAUGCAAGAUUUCUUUCCGACAAUGAGUCUCAAGCCCAAUUCUAAUUGUGAUGAUAAAUUUUGUAAAGAAAGACAAAAAGAGUUUGCCGCCAAGCCUAAGGUUGAAUAUUGCGAAGAGUGUGUGGAAGAAAAGCCCAUACAUGAAGAUAACGAAUGGGGAAUUUCUCUAGUGGACGAAAGAGUGCCAGAAGAGACGGAGAACAAAACCGUUGCACCAGGAAUAUCGCAGGCUUACGACCUGCCCGCUCCAGAGGUUGAUUUCGAAUCUGAAGUUGCUGUGGAUGCCGGUGAUCAAAGUUUAGAGGAACUAAUGUCAAAAAUGAAAUCCAUAUAACUGUAUUUUUCAAUUUUUGGAAGAAUUUUUUAAUCAACAGCAUUUAUACAAAAAUUUUAUUUUAUUUGUAAGACUAUCAGAAUGUAUUUACAAGUCUAUUUUUAAUUAUUUAUGUACAAAAAUACAAAAGAUUUCAAAGUCAAAA